AUGAAUGAGUCGAGCGAACCCGAGCUUAUGCAAGACAGCGACGUAGAAGUCGAAGAUGUAGAUGCUCCUGUUCUUGAAGAAAUUGAAAGUAAUGGAAACAGGUUCAACCGUUCAGCCAGGCCCCGACACGAGUAUCAUGAAGUCCAGCGGUUUGAGUCGGCGGAAGCGUUUCAAGAAUGGUGGGUAUCAACAGGGAGUGAAAUUUGGGAGUCAGAAAAGAAGCACACGACUAGCGAGGGAAUGCAUGUCAUCUACUAUCGGUAUGUUUUUUUUAAGUGAAGAUUUCAUUUUUAGAUGCUUGAAUAAACAGUGCCCUGGACGAGGGAAGGUGGAGUUUAGCGCGACAAGUCAGUGUGUCAGCUACUUGGAAUCCAAUGUUGGACACCUCUCAGGAGCCCACGCAUCCUCAAACAAUCUGAAAACCUUCAAGGAGGAGAUCGUACGCCUAAUGGAGCUAGGCUUGAAACCAAAGAAAAUCCGGAUGGAACUGCUGGUGAGUUUUGUAGUACUAUUUAUUUUCAAUGCAUUAGGAUAG